GACAGAAUGAAUAGCCCUGCUCUACAGCAAAAUCUGCAAAGUACUUAUUUGUUCUCAUUCAACCUGCACGAAAACACCGGCUGUGUCCCCCGAAUAUGUAAACAUCCCACUUCCCACCUCGCCCACCCCUCUCAUCUGUAAAACCAAGGAAGAUGAAACAUUGCAGCAUGAUACAGACAUGAGGGCAGACGAUCAUCUCUCCUCCGCUCAGGUCUGAUAACAACAUGGAUAACAUCAGCCUGGAAUGGACUAGAGAAGCUAACACAUCUCUUCAGACAGAAAUGUCCUGUGCUACAUUGAGGAACCAAGUGUCACACAUUUUUCUGUACACCUUCCUCUCAGCUGGCAUAGUGUCCACUGUGGUGGGCAACUUCCUGGUUGUUUUGUCCAUCGCCUACUUCAAGCAGCUGCAGUCUCCGACAAAUUGUUUUGUCAUGUCCCUUGCCGUGGCUGACUGCCUGGUUGGCCUGUUGGUGAUGCCUUACAGUAUGAUCCGAACUGUGGAGGGAUGCUGGUACUUUGGCUCCCUGUUUUGCAAGCUUCACUCCAGCCUGGAUGUCAUGCUCUGCACUGCCUCCAUAUUCCACCUCAGCUGCAUUGCCUUUGACCGGUAUUAUGCCGUUUGCAAUCCGCUGGUUUACUCCUUGAAGAUGUCCCCCAAUCGAGUAGCUCUGCUCAUUGCUGUUUGUUGGGCUGUACCUAUGCUCAUCUCCUUUGGUCCCAUAAUGCUAGACCUUCACAUUGCUGACAUAGACAUACCAAUUCCUGAAGACAUGUGUGUAUUUUUGGUCAGUCGCAUUUACGCCGUCAUGGCCUCAUUAGUAGCCUUUUACUUGCCCAUGGCUGUCAUGCUCGUGGCCUACUGGAAGAUCUUCAAAGCUGCGAAACGGCAGGCCCAGCAGAUCAACGCCAUGGAAAGUCAAAUGGCUGCUGGAGUGGGCAAAGACUCGAGCAAGAAGAAACGACACCGCAACACUAUGAAGAGGGAAGGCAAGGCAGCAAAAACUUUAGGCAUUAUCAUGGGAGUUUUCCUUAUCUUCUGGAUGCCCUUUUUUACAAUCAACAUUAUGGAUCCGUUCAUCAAUUAUAGCACUGAGGUUGUUGUCUGGGAUGUUUUCCUGUGGUUAGGAUACAUCAAUUCAUCACUUAAUCCCUUCUUGUAUGUUUAUUUUAACCGCUGCUUUCGAAGAGCAUUCCUCAUGUUCAUUGGCUGCAAGGUGUGCCUGCCUGGAAUAUCUCCUGGGAUGGAGUUAUCACAUUCUAAGAAAGAGGCAAACUAAUGUUCAGAAUAACUACAAAGUUAAUGCAAUGUUUUGUUGAACUACCUUGGUAAAAAAAUCUUUAAAAUACAACUCCAGAUUAUGUUAAGCAGACAAAAAGUGUUAGGGUUAAUUGGAGUUUGUGUUACAAGAACUUUACAUUUUAUAGGCACUGAUGUGAGAAAUCUUACUUUUUAAAUGGUGUCUAAAAGUACAGUGCAUUUCCUAAUUUCUUUGUGUAGCAGAAAAUAUAGAUGUGUUUUAAGUCUGUGUCUACAGCUUUUCUCAUAGCAUUUAGAAGUGGAUUUGGUUUGGAUAUGUUUCUAUUUUCCUCUGUUAUGGCUGGCUCAAAGCCGCAACAAAACAGGGAGAUGAGAUGGAG